UUAGGGCUUUUCUCGAGCUCACCAAAGCCUCUGACAAUGGCAUCCUUUGCGUCUCUCAAGUCUGCAAUUUUCGAUCGGGAAGAGAAGAAACAGCAAUACCAAGCUCACAUUCGCGGGCUUAACGCGUACGAUCGCCACAAGAAGUUCAUUAAAGACUACGUUGGGUUCUAUGGAAAAGAAAAGUCGUCGAGCAUUAGGUGGCCUGUCAAAACGGAUCAAGAUACCUUGAGAGAAGGAUAUCGGUUCAUACGAUCUGAGGAAGAUGAUAUGGAUACAUCUUGGGAGCAAAGGCUCGUCAAGCGAUACUAUGAUAAGCUUUUUAAAGAAUACUGCAUAGCUGACAUGUCGUAUUACAAGAGUGGCAAGAUUGGUUUGAGGUGGAGGACAGAGAAGGAAGUCGUAUCUGGUAAAGGGCAGUUCAUAUGCGGGAACAAGCAUUGCGAUGAAAAAGAAGGCUUAGCAAGCUAUGAGGUAAACUUCUCUUAUUUUGAAGCUGGAGAAAACAAACAAGCUCUAGUGAAAUUGGUAGCUUGUGAGAGGUGUGCUGAGAAGCUUAAUUACAAAAAACGGAAAGAGAAGGAGCAAUCUGAGAAAAGGGAACGGGAAGAGCAUAGAAGAAGAAAGAGGAAUCGGUCAAGGAGUGAUGAAGAUACAGAUAGUGAGGAUAGCAAAGAAAAGAGAAGAGAAGGAAAGAAAACUUCAGCUUCCACCUCUAAGCCUAAAGAAGAUGAUGAUGAUCACUUCGAUGAGUUUCUUGAGGGAAUGUUUCCUUGAUGUUGGCAACUUGAGUUGAGGUUAUUUGUGCUUUGGAGACGUUAAUGAGUUAGAAUGUAAAUAUCAAACAUACCUUUGCCUUUGACAAGGCAGAUAGGCUUGAUUCUUGAUAACAAAAUUUGAGGAAUCAGGAUGUAUCUAAACUCUAAAGCCAUCUUUAAUAGAAUCCCUUUUACUUUU